AACUCCUGUUCAAACGACAGUGCGUCUGCCGCUGCCUGUGCCAUGUGGUUUGGCUUUCGACUCGCUUUUCUUCUGUUGCUGCGUUGUAUUCGAUGGGUAUCCGCUGUAGACAUCACGUUGUAUGUGCGUUCCCAAGGUCUUGUUCAUCAGACUGGUGCGUUGAACGAAGUUCUGGCCGCCGUGGUGGACGCUGGUUGGUCCCACACGACGGUCGUGAGCAUGAAAGAGGCCGAGGAGGAGUUGAAACAUAGCGGCUUGUGGAGUUAUUUUCCCUGGAUCUGGCAAACAGAGAAGAAGCGCUUUGGCAAGCGCUCUGCUGGUGAACGCUGGGUGGUUUUUCUGGAGGCCGCCACCAUGGUAGAUCCCAAAGCUUUGGAACUACUACUGGCCCAGUAUGACGCCAGAGAACCGUGGUAUCUUGGUCGUUCUCUUCAAGAUGAUCAGAUGUCAAUUAUUCAUCAUUAUCAACAAGAACCAGCUUACCCUCUAGUCCAUGCAGGCUUCGCUUUAAGCGGUGGGCUCUUGAAAAAGCUUCUCAAGGACUUGGAGGAGAAGCCGGUGGGAAGCGGACAGCAGAUCGAACCUGUUUGGGAGCUGGCCAGCCGACUGGGCAAGAUGGGCAUCUUCAUUACGCACCAUGAGGGGUUUUGCCGCGAACCACGCCCGCACUGUGCAACGUGGGUGCGUCCGCUGGACCGUUUUCGGGCCACCCAGGGACUGAGACCUGAAGAGGUCGUUAUCGCUGUUAAGACGGUUGACAAGUUCCACCCAAUCCGUUUGCCGCUGUUGAAAGAGUUCUGGGCCGAUGAAAGCAUUGUGCAGGUGCUCUACAUGAGUAACACUGGUGGUGAUGAGGCCAAGAUCAUCGACCUGAGCGUCGACUUUGGCGACAUGGUGGACCCCAAGAAAGAGUCCAACAAACAGGGGAGUGGCCAUUGCACAAAGAUGCAAGCAAUACUCAGGUAUUUGCACCGCUUCGAGCCUGACCGGCGGUGGUACGUGGUCACGGAUGAUGAUACCUUGGUGAACGUCCCUCGCUUGCUGCGGGUCUUGGACUCUCAUGAUGACCGGGAGGCCAUCUACUUGGGGGAGCGCUAUGGGUGGUCUCACAUGCAGGA